AUGGCGCCCAAGGUCGCAAUCCUCGACGACUACCAAAACAUCAGCCCGCGCCACUUCGAGCACCUCACCUCGCGCGUCGACAUCAGCUACUUCCCGGACACGCUGAACCCGCGUCUCGCCGAUCAGCAGAAACAACUCAUCGAGCGCUUGCAGCCGUUUGAGAUUAUCGUCGCCCAGCGCGAACGCACACCUUUUUCCAAGGAAACGCUGGCCGCGCUUCCGAACCUGAAACUCCUCCUCACGACGGGCACGCGCAAUCUAGCCAUCGACAGCCAGUACUGCGCCGAGCGGGGGAUCCCUGUCGGCGGCACGCAGACCCGGCCGGCGGGCAUCAACUCGACGGUGCAGCACACCUGGGCGCUGAUCCUGGGAGCGACGCGCCACGUCGCGCGGGACGACGCGGCGAUCAAGCGCGGCGAGUGGCAGGGGUCGCUGGGGAUGACGCUCGCGGGGAAGACGCUGGGACUGCUGGGUUUGGGGAAGUUGGGGGCGCAGGUGGGCAGGAUCGCGGUGCAGGGGUUCGGGUUGGAGGUGAUUGCGUGGUCGACGAACCUGACGCAGGCGAAGGCGGACGAGCAGGCCGAGGCGAUGGGGCUGCCGGCGGGGAGCUUUCGGGCGGUGUCCGACAAGCUGGCCUUCUUCCGGGAGGCCGACGUCGUGAGCGUGCACAGCGUGCUGUCGGAGCGCAGUCGCGGCAUUGUGGGUCGCCCGGAGCUGGCGGCUAUGAAGAAAACUGCCCUGCUGGUCAACACAUCCCGAGGUCCGUUGGUCGACGAGGCGGCCUUGCUGGAGACCCUGGCCAGCGGCGCGAUCGCCGGCGCCGCCUUGGAUGUCUUCGACCCCGAACCGCUGCCCGCCGACAGUCCCUGGCGCACCACCGCUUGGGGCCAGGACGGCCGCAGUGAGGUCCUCCUGACGCCGCACACGGGUUAUGCGGAUGAGCAGAUCCACGGGUGCCCCAUCCCCUUCGCCAGCGGUGCCUACUCCCUCGUCUCGCUACCCGCCGGCUCCGUCUUCUGCAAGAUCGAAGGCACCACCCUGUCCAAGAAAGCCUACACCUCCGUGCAAACCGGCCGGGACUCGCACAUCGAGCUCAACUCCGACCUCGUCUACUGCAACCAUUCGUGCGCCCCGACAGUGGAUUUCGACAUGGACCGCAUGGAGGUUCGGGUGGUGGCGGACCGCGACCUGAAGGCCGGCGACCCGUUGACGUUCUUCUACCCGUCGUCUGAGUGGGAGAUGGACCAGCCGUUCCAGUGCACGUGUGGCGCCGGCGAGAAGUGUCGGGGCGUUAUCGAUGGGGCUAAGAAUAUGCAGGUUGAGGUGUUGCGGGAGUAUUGGUUGAAUCCGCAUAUUGAGGAGAUGGUUAGGGAGAGGGAGGGGGGGUCGCUUUGA